AGGGUGACCUCAUGGCUCUCAACUCCCUGAAAGGAGGCUGUAGCCAGGUGGUGGUUGGACUCUUCUUUCAGUUUUUAAUAAGCGACCGUGACAGAGACCCUCAGUGUAACCUGCAUUGCUCCAGGUCCCAGUCCAAACCCCUGUGUGCCUCUGACGGCAGAACAUAUGAAUCGAUGUGCGACUACCAGAGAGCCAAAUGCCGUGAGCAGAGUCUGAGCGUGACGCAUCGUGGCCGCUGCAAAGAUGCUGGCCAAAGCAAGUGUCGAUUAGAGAGAGCUCAAGCGCUGGAACAGGCAAAGAAGCCUCAGGAAGCAGUCUUUAUCCCAGAAUGCAAUGAGGAUGGAUCAUUCAUGCAGGUGCAGUGCCAUACCUACACUGGAUACUGCUGGUGUGUGACACCUGAUGGCAAGCCUAUUAGCGGCUCUUCUGUACAGAACAAAACUCCUGUAUGUUCAGGUUCUGUAACUGAUAAACCAUCAAGCCAGGGUAAUUCAGGAAGGAAAGUUUCUUUUCGAUUCUUUCUAACCCUCAAUUCAGAUGAUGGUUCGAAGCCAACGCCUACCAUGGAAACCCAACCUAUUUUCGAUGGAGAAGAAAUCACAGCACCCACCCUUUGGAUUAAGCACUUGGUCAUCAAAGACUCCAAAAUGAACAGCUCCAAUAUAAGGAAUUCAGAAAAAGUUCACUCCUGUGACCAGGAGAGGCAGAGCGCCCUGGAGGAGGCCCGGCAGAACCCGCGGGAGGGUAUCGUCAUCCCCGAGUGUGCUCCUGGAGGACUCUACAAACCAGUGCAAUGCCACCAGUCAACUGGGUACUGCUGGUGUGUCCUGGUGGACACAGGACGUCCCCUGCCCGGUACUUCCACUCGGUAUGAGACCCCAGUGUGUGAGAGCGAUGCCAGAUCAAAGAGCACAGAGGUUGAUGAUCCCUUCAAGGACAGAGAACUUCCAGGCUGCCCAGAAGGGAAGAAAAUUGAAUUUAUUACCAGCUUACUUGAUGCUCUGACUACGGACAUGGUACAGGCUAUUAACUCAGCAGCACCUACUGGGGGUGGGAGGUUCUCUGAGCCAGACCCCAGCCACACACUAGAGGAGCGAGUGGUACACUGGUAUUUCAGCCAGCUGGACAACAACAGCAGCAAUGACAUCAACAAGCGGGAGCUAAAGCCUUUCAAACGUUAUGUGAAGAAGAAAGCCAAGCCCAAGAAAUGUGCCCGGCGUUUCACUGACUACUGUGACCUCAACAAGGACAAGUCAAUCUCUCUUCAGGAGCUGAAAGGGUGUUUGGGAGUCAGCAAGGAAGGAGGUAGCCUGAGCAGUUUGCCUAAUGGAAAAAGACAAGGCCUUAACCCUUUCAUAGGUCGCCUGGUGUAGCAGCAGAAGACAAGAAGGGAAGGCAGGAGCUGACCCAAAGGAGGAAAAGAUCCAGUGACAGAUGGACAGACACCUUGCUGCUUGUGAGCAAGCACGCAGCAUCAGCAACAUCCAGCGUAGCAGAAGUGGCACCCAGAACAUUUGCACUUUUAAAAAAUUGGUUUGGGUUUGUUUUUAAUUGCUUUUCAGUGCCAUUAUCUAAUACUUUGGAAAGUGGAGGGAAGCAGGAUCAUGACUUUUUAAAAUUGGAACAGCUACUGAUGAUGUAAAAUUGAGUUCACUGGGACUCAAAGAAUUUUAUAUACUGUAUAUAAAUAUAUAUGUAAAUUGUACAGUUGUCUUGUACAGGGGUUGGAGUCACUGUUCUGUUCCUCCCUUUGCUUUUGAAGGCUAUUAGGGUUAGAGGGACACUUUGCAUUUAAUGGAUGAUAGUAAUGCAUUCAUUUCUGCCACCAAACCAUCAUUCAGCAGCGAGCCUUAAGAGCACCUCCAUGCAGAAAGGAGCCAGUGUAUCAGCAUGAAUUGUUCUUGCAGAUGUGCAUGCAGUGCCCCAGAUACAAAAUGCUUCUUGAGAGCAGCUGAACCCCUUUUCUUUAAAACUCUCUGCAACUCAGGCAGUUGGGCUUUUGAGAGCACAGAUUCCAUAUAAGUAUUGGUGCACUGCACAGCUGCUUAAAGCAGGGAUAGAAAAGGGUUGUAUUAGGGAAGUACAAAAGUAGUUUAUGCACUUGUUGCAGUUGGGCAGAAAUGAAAUACAAAUGCAUUGCUAUUCAUGCUCAGAUAACACGCUUAGCAAAGAUGUGCCAUGCCUCUGGAAUCUAAAGCUGUAGGAAGGAUGUGGAAGCCAUAGGCCUAGUAGAGUCAGUGGAGUGAAGUCUUGCAUCUUCCGCUCUGACAAAGUGUUCAUCUGUAUGUUGUACAGCAAUAAACAUUUUGAGAAGCCUGCUAAAAGCAGCACCAACCUGCCUUGUGCUUUGCUGAAGAGCAAAGAACAUACUUGUCAGUGCAGACAGACACAGUCGUGCUGCUGGUCCCCAAGAGUCUGCUUUACCUCUUUCAGCAGUACAGCCUGGGCCAUGCUCACUGGUGAAGGUCUGUCAGCAGUGACUUUUCUUGUCCUUGGUGGUUGUGAAUCCAAGCUCUCCUCCUGCACAGUGGUGUGCCUGCCCACUUUGCCUGUUCUGCUGUUGCCAGUACCUCGUGGGUACUGUGGCACUGGGGUGUGAUUAGCAGUAACAGUGAAGGUUUGGAGUGAGGAGUUCUGGUGUUCUUGGAUGCCACAGGGGCUGUGUCAACCCCUAGCAGUUUUACCAAAGUUGUUUCUUUGGCAGGGGUGCCCAUAUCAACAAUCCUAGAUUGGGCAGAGUGUGAUGGGACACAUAGGGCUUUGCUUUGUGUAUUUCCAACCACUGGCAGCACUCGCCUGUUCUGAGCAGCCUCCCACUUCAGACCUGGUGAUCCUUCUGCCACUUAUCUCUGGACCAAGAACCUGCUAGAAGAAGCUGUAGUGAAGGUGAUGAAAUGACAUGCUAAUACGAGAUCACACCAACAAUUACUUGUAAUAGCUAUAGGCUGCUCUAGAGACUGGAGUCAUCCCUCAAGGUUCUGUUACUUUGGUAAAAGAUGACACAACACAGCAUCUUCACUCUAGGAUGUCAUCAUAACAAUAGCAUGAGAUAAAUACAUCACCAAAAAAAAAAGUGUCCUGAUGCAGUAAGUUAGUGCUUGUUGACAAAAUGGAAAGUUAAAUAAAAGAAAAACUAACAAGCCUUUCUAUAAAUAACUGUUUAAGCAUAGUAAUAACUCUUCCUCUGGGAAGUAUGUUGGAGCUAAUUAAAAUAUAUGGCAGGUUCAAAACACUUCUGGUAAUAUCUGAAAUAUACAUCAUAAUAUAAAAAAGUCCUCUCUUUAGCAAGAGCAGAUCUUGCUGCUGGAUCUUCAUGGUUUCUCACAUACAGUGUAUGUGCUAUUUUGGCCCACAAGCUCCCACCUUCUUGAUUGCUUCUUCUCUUUUUGUUCUUUGGCUUUUGGUUUUAUUUUUGGUUUUGGUUUUUGGUUUUUUUUGUUUUUUUUUUUUUUAAUGCCCUUGGCACAUCUUUUGUGUGUUGAAAGAAAUUGAUUUAAUGUAUAGUUAGAAAUGUCCAUGUCACACUCACUAAUCCUACUGUAGGGAGUAAAGAAUGAAACCAACUGUAUAAAAAAAAAAGCCUUUCAAUUUUAAUAUUCUAGUUCUAGGAAUUAAAAGUUCUGGUUGCUGGGUUGUUUGGUGAUUUGGGGUUUUUUGGGGGUGGGGUUUUUCUUUGUUUGGUUGGGUUUUUUUUUAAUGUAUAGUUAUUUCCAGCAGAAACUGCCAAUUGGAUGCCUCUGGGAAUUCUAUCAAGUACUGGGGCUGGGCAAUGCCCCACAAGAUUAUGGGGGGACUGCAGAGCUUCUAAAACUCACUGCAUCUUCUGGAAAUAAACCAGCCAGUCACCACUCCUGCUUGUUACAUAAAUCCUUCUGCUGACCUCCUUUUUCUCAUCCUUGUGUCCUUCUCCUCCAAAAGGCCUGCAUUCACAUGUGGUUUGCAACUGAAAUUGGGUCAGUUCUUCAAGGAAGGCAAACAAGGGGUGGCUGUUGGUUAACUUUGGUAUUUGUGGGUAUUCCUGUUGCUAGGCCCAGGCUGACUUUAUGGAUAUAUUGGGGACCAGGCAUUACAUUGCUUUCCCCUCUCACAAGACAGUUCCAAGUCCCUGCAUCCUGACUUGUGAGUUUGGGUGGGUCUCUGAGCAGCUUCUGGCAAUGCCUGAAUGUGCAUUGCUAUGGAAGGCCCAAGCAGCAUGAUGGUGUCAUGUCCAGGCAGAGGUUACUUAUUCUGGGUUUGUGUUGGAGCAUUGUGCAGACCAUACUGGUCCUGAUUCACGUAGCCCAUGCUGGGAGCUGUCCAACAACCUGUACUCGCCAGAUGAGAGCAGUGCCUCAGCUGCCCAUUUCCCUUCUUGGUUUUGUUGCCAGUCCACCUAGCUGCUAGGCCAAUUUGUCCUUACCUGGUGGUUGUAAGCAGUCUUCUGCUCUGCCUUGCAUCAAUAGCAUCUUUCUGAAGCUGGAACACAGGGAGUAUCAGUGUUGUGCCUGAAAGCAGACCCUGAGCAUAUGUCUCCUCAUCCUUCAAAUCCUCCUGGGCCUCUCCAGCUCUACUUUGAAUGACGGCUGAAAAUGGCUGGGACAGAGAAGAGAACCAGGACUCGACAGUGAAGCUCAUCUGUUUGUCCUUCCAGAAGUAAAAAAAAAAUUCCUUUUUUGCUGAUCUUCCAAGGGCAUAGUGUGUUGUAGGAAAUUGCAUUACAGUGGAAUUCCUGUGAAGGCACUGCUUUCCAUGGCCUGAGUUUAUAUUGAACUUACCCUGCCCCAGCGCAUUUCUGCCUAUGGCAAAUUUGUUAAACUGAAAGGCAUCUGUUUGGUUUUGGUUUUGUAAUAAAAUAGAUAACUUUUGCUCCA